AUGGGCGACCCGUAUCGUUCGUACCGCCCCAGUCGCGGUGAACCACGAUAUGAAUAUCCUGAAGAUUACGAAUAUCCACCUUAUCCUGGACGAGGUGGUGCUCCAGAGCCAGCUUAUGAUCGAUCAUAUGGAGAUCCGUACACUCGAGAAGCCGGUUACGACCCUAUGCCACCAGCUCCUAGAUCUGGUGCUCCUCGUGGCGACUACCGUGCUCCUCGUGGUGACUACAGAGCACCUCCCCCAAUAAGAGCCGAACCGGAUUAUACUCGACGGAGUGGUCGAGAUUACGUCCCACCCCCUGCCCCUCGUGGAUCUGUCGGGGACCCGUAUGUAAACCCAACUUACUACCCGCCCGAGGAUCGUCAUAGGGCUCCACCACCACCGAGAGAUGCCUAUGAGAGGGGAUAUCCACCGGAGCCUGGCUAUCGAGACGAAGCUAGAUACGGGAGAAGACGGCCACGAGAAGAUGAAUAUGAAAUGCCAGCACAUAGCAGGGAGUACGAUUAUAACUACGAACCGGAAAUUCAAGCUUCCCAGAGGAGGCCUCCGCCGCCCCCGAUUGAAUACAGGGGCGGUGCUGGUGCCCAAUAUGAGGCUGAUCUGGCGAGGAGACGUCCAAGGGAUGCUCGAGAACCCGCUUCCAAGUUACAACCAUCGAUACCUUCGCAACCGUCUCCCGAAAAUGUAGACGAUGAAUUUACACUCCUUGCGGAUGGAAUCAGAAAAGAGGUUUUGCAGAAAUAUAUCACUCGGUUCCUCGGCAACGAUGCUGUCUCGAGGGGGCCGAUGAAAGAAGGCGAUGCACUCGUUUAUAAAUAUUCUGCAUAUCGCCAGUUCACAACAGAGCAAAUUCGGGACUUAAAACGAGCGUCGGAAUUAUCUGAACCUGGCUAUGCCCGAGGUAUCGACACGCGAGCAAGAGAAGCACCAGGACAAGUCGUCGCUGCAUCAACAAGGCCAACCGGUCGCAGGAAUACGGAUGAGGAUUCCAUGAUGCCCGAACCAGUAAUGCCCAGGGAUGAGUACGUCUACAGUGCUGGCAACCAAGGAACCCGAGCUCCAGCUCGUGAAAUCCGUGCUGGACGAUCGCCGCACGACCCACCGUAUGGUUCCUACCACGAUACUGGCCGACAUGGACGCCCGCCUAUAGAGGCCUCUUCAAUGCGACCUGGACAGGACGACGACGAUGAAAUGGAAGACUAG